AGCGCGGAGGUUGCGAUUGAGAGGAUCGAUCGCCACGGUGCUGAUGAGAGACGGCACGCUCUACUUCCUGGCCCUUUUGCUUCUCAACGUUCUCGAGAUCGUGAUCAAAGUUCCGCUACGAGAAUUCAAAGAAUUACGCAACCUACAUCACACUUUUCCUGCCACCAAUCUCAUCAAUCCUGGUAUCACGCUUCAUCCUUAAUCUACGACAGGUAUCACUCGGCACCAUGGGCUUGAAUACGGGUUCUCACAGCACCUUGAACACGCCUGAUUUUACCUCUCGCCUGGUUGGCAACAUGGGCGUCGAGGUCCAACACACAUCUCUUGUUUUUGAGAAUGUCGAGAAUAGCAUGGAAGACGAGCAGGGUGUCACUCCAUGCGAUCGUGUUCCAUUAUUAUAACACAAACAGCAAGAAGGAGAUUCGCCAGACCAAAAGCUGCAUCCCGCUGCCGCAAUGUCGAAUGUUGUCCGAGACAUAG